AUGUUUAUCCGGCAAGUGGUUGAGGCGAGCCCGUACACGCGCGAAAUCCCUGCAACAUGCCCCUCGGUGAGCUGGACCAACGACUUCAUUCGUCGCAAUAAAGCCCACUUCAGCAGACGCAAGUCCCAAUCCUUAGACGUGUGUCGCGCCCAAGCUUCCACGGUGGAGAAUGUCGACUAUCACUUCAACAGCCUAAAGAAAGUCAUUGAAAGCUGCGAAGAGCUCCCUCCUUCCCGAAUCUGGAAUCUGGACGAGACGGGCAUGAGCGGACAAGUAUCAGGAGCGAAACCAAAAGUACUCGCGUCUAAAGGAUACCGGGCCAACGUUCAGCAAUCCGACAGCCGCGAAAAUGUGAGCGCAUUGGUUUGUGGUAAUGCAGACGGCGGUUUUGUUCCACCUUUCAUCAUCUUUCCAGGGUUUAGCUACGACAGGAAACACACGCACGGUGGAUACCCAAACUCUAAGUAUGCCUCAAGCCCCAGCUCUUUCUUAGUAACGAAGCUCUUUGUGGAAUACUUUAAGUAG